UGAAGAAGGGAAGGGAAGGGAAGGGAAGGGAAGGGAAGUGCGCGUGUAAGUGUUGUUGUUUUUAGGGAAGAAAAGAAAAGCAUCUCAAUUGAGUUGAAUUAAAGAGAAAGAGAAAGUGAGUUAGGGUUUGCGAUGAGGGAGAGUAACGGGAACGAGAACGAAAAGGAUCUGGGAGUGCACUUCUUGGAGGUGUGUCGUCGGAAGGAGAAGGAGACGGAGAUGGAAGAAGAUGAUCAAAUGGAGGAGUCACCCAGCGAACUGAACACCAUUAACAGCUCUGGUGGUUUUGUGGUGGUUUCCACCGACAAACUGUCAGUGAAGUACACGAGCAUCAACCUUCACGGCCACGAUGUUGGUGUCAUUCAGGCUAACAAGCCUGCUCCAACCAAGCGCCUUGUUUACUAUUUCGAGAUUCAUGUCAAGGAUGCCGGAGUUAAGGGUCAAAUUGCCAUUGGCUUUACCUCUGAGACCUUCAAGAUGCGAAGACAACCUGGGUGGGAGGCCAAUAGCUGUGGAUAUCAUGGCGAUGAUGGUUUGCUUUAUCGUGGACAUGGCAAGGGUGAACCCUUUGGCCCAACCUAUACAUCUGGUGAUAUUGUUGGUGCUGGAAUUAACUAUGCCUCACACGAAUUCCUUUUCACUAAAAAUGGCCAAGUCGUCGGCACAGUUUACAAAGACAUCAAGGGUCCCCUUUUUCCAACUAUUGCUGUUCAUAGCCAAAAUGAAGAGGUGCAUGUCAACUUUGGGCAGAAACCGUUUUCUUUUGACCUAAAGGAAUUUGAAGCACAAGAAAGAAUGAAGCAGCAAAUGAAAAUUGAGGAAAUUUCUGUGCCACCAACUAUCAGUUACAGAAUUGUCCGUUCCUACCUGCUACACUAUGGCUAUGAAGAUACAUUGAAUUCAUUUGAUGCGGCUAGUAGAAGUACUGUUCCUCCUAUACAUAUAGCUCAAGAAGAAAAUGUAAUACAUGAGCAGGAAAUAUCAUAUACAUUAAAUCACAGAAGGACUUUACGGCAGCUAAUCAGGGAUGGGGAGAUUGAUGUUGCAUUUGAUAAAUUGCGUGAAUGGUAUCCCCAGAUUUUUAAGGGCAAUACAUCAGCUACAUGUUUCCUGCUUCAUUGUCAAAAAUUUAUUGAAUUAGUUCGGGUUGGAGCCCUGGAAGAGGCUGUCAAAUAUGGAAGAAAAGAAUUGUCAAAUUUUUUUGGGUUGCCUUUGUUUGAGGAUUUAGUUCAGGACUGUGUUGCUUUGCUGGCAUAUGAACGACCACUGGAAUCCUCCGUAGGAUAUCUUCUAAAAGACUCACAGCGUGAAAUUGUAGCCGACACAGUAAAUGCCAUGAUAUUGUCUACAAAUAUGAAAGGAUCAACAGUUUGCUUGCACUCCAAUCUUGAGAGGUUACUUAGACAGCUCACUGCUUGUUGCUUAGAGAGACGAUCAUUGAGUGGAGAGCAGGGAGAAGCUUUCGAACUUCAAAGAGUGCUCAAUAGUUGUAGAAGAGGCUAGUGCUAGGUCAUGUGUAUUGAUAUUCUUACUCUGCUGUUCAUAUUGACCCUCGUUUUAUAAACAAUGCCAAAUCAUCAUAUUGAUUUUAGUUACCCGUAUCUUGUAGGGUUCCCCAUAUUGAUGCACACUUAUUCUUUUCUUUAGAGGGUGUUCUCUUUAUGCAUGUAACCUCGUCAUCAUCAAAAUGAUGGAAAUGGAAAGUUCAACUAGGCAAAGUGACAUUUUAGGCUAAAAAAUUUGGAAAAUUUGCAAAAUGUGUAUCAAUAUACUGUUGCCUUUUCCUGAAUUUGAUUGUUCUUCUCAUAGUGAAAACUUGUGAUUCAA